AUGGAGCAGAUGAAGCAGUUGGAGCAGAUGAAGCAGAUGAAGCAGAUGAAGCAGUUGGAGCAGAUGGAGCAGUUGGAGCAGUUGGAGCAGAUGAAGCAGAUGAAGCAGAUGGAGCAGUUGGAGCAGAUGAAGCAGUUGGAGCAGAUGAAGCAGAUGAAGCAGUUGGAGCAGAUGAAGCAGUUGAAGCAGUUGGAGCAGAUGAAGCAGAUGAAGCAGUUGAAGCAGUUGGAGCAGAUGAAGCAGAUGAAGCAGUUGGAGCAGAUGAAGCAGUUGAAGCAGUUGGAGCAGAUGAAGCAGUUGGAGCAGAUGAAGCAGAUGAAGCAGAUGGAGCAGUUGGAGCAGAUGGAGCAGUUGGAGCAGAUGAAGCAGAUGGAGCAGUUGGAGCAGAUGAAGCAGAUGAAGCAGAUGGAGCAGUUGGAGCAGAUGAAGCAGAUGAAGCAGAUGGAGCAGUUGGAGCAGAUGAAGCAGAUGAAGCAGAUGAAGCAGUUGAAGCAGUUGGAGCAGAUGAAGCAGUUGGAGCAGAUGAAGCAGUUGGAGCAGAUGAAGCAGUUGGAGCAGAUGAAGCAGUUGGAGCAGAUGAAGCAGUUGGAGCAGAUGAAGCAGUUGAAGCAGUUGGAGCAGAUGAAGCAGUUGGAGCAGAUGAAGCAGUUGGAGCAGAUGAAGCAGAUGAAGCAGAUGAAGCAGUUGGAGCAGAUGAAGCAGUUGGAGCAGAUGAAGCAGUUGGAGCAGAUGAAGCAGUUGGAGCAGAUGAAGCAGUUGGAGCAGAUGAAGCAGUUGGAGCAGAUGAAGCAGUUGGAGCAGUUGGAGCAGAUGAAGCAGUUGGAGCAGAUGAAGCAGUUGGAGCAGAUGAAGCAGUUGGAGCAGAUGAAGCAGUUGGAGCAGAUGAAGCAGUUGAAGCAGUUGGAGCAGAUGAAGCAGAUGAAGCAGAUGAAGCAGUUGGAGCAGAUGAAGCAGUUGGAGCAGAUGAAGCAGUUGGAGCAGAUGAAGCAGUUGGAGCAGAUGAAGCAGUUGGAGCAGAUGGAGCAGAUGAAGCAGAUGAAGCAGUUGGAGCAGAUGAAGCAGAUGAAGCAGUUGGAGCAGAUGAAGCAGUUGGAGCAGAUGAAGCAGAUGAAGCAGUUGGAGCAGAUGAAGCAGAUGAAGCAGUUGGAGCAGUUGGAGCAGAUGGAGCAGAUGAAGCAGUUGAAGCAGUUGGAGCAGAUGAAGCAGAUGGAGCAGAUGAAGCAGUUGGAGCAGAUGAAGCAGAUGAAGCAGAUGAAGCAGAUGAAGCAGUUGGAGCAGAUGAAGCAGUUGGAGCAGUUGGAGCAGAUGAAGCAGAUGGAGCAGAUGAAGCAGUUGGAGCAGAUGAAGCAGAUGAAGCAGUUGGAGCAGUUGGAGCAGAUGAAGCAGAUGGAGCAGAUGGAGCAGUUGGAGCAGAUGAAGCAGUUGGAGCAGAUGAAGCAGAUGAAGCAGUUGGAGCAGAUGAAGCAGUUGGAGCAGAUGGAGCAGAUGAAGCAGAUGAAGCAGUUGAAGCAGUUGGAGCAGAUGAAGCAGUUGAAGCAGUUGGAGCAGAUGAAGCAGAUGGAGCAGAUGAAGCAGAUGAAGCAGAUGAAGCAGUUGGAGCAGAUUAAGCAGUUGAAGCAGUUGAAGCAGUUGGAGCAGUUAAAGCAGUUGGAGCAGAUGAAGCAGAUGAAGCAGUUGAAGCAGUUGGAGCAGAUGAAGCAGAUGAAGCAGAUUAAGCAGAUUAAGCAGAUGAAUCAGAUGAAGCAGUUGGAGCAGUUGGAGCAGAUGAAGCAGUUGAAGCAGAUGAAGCAGAUGAAGAAGUUGGAGCAGAUGAAGCAGUUGGAGCAGUUGGAGCAGAUGAAGCAGUUGGAGCAGAUGAAGCAGAUGAAGCAGUUGAAGCAGAUGAAGCAGUUGGAGCAGAUGAAGCAGAUGAAGCAGUUGGAGCAGAUGAAGCAGUUGGAGCAGAUGAAGCAGUUGGAGCAGAUGAAGCAGUUGGAGCAGUUGGAGCAGAUGGAGCAGAUGAAGCAGAUGAAGCAGUUGGAGCAGAUGAAGCAGAUGAAGCAGUUGGAGCAGAUGAAGCAGUUGGAGCAGAUGAAUCAGUUGGAGCAGAUGAAGCAGAUGAAGCAGUUGGAGCAGAUGAAGCAGUUGGAGCAGAUGAAGCAGUUGGAGCAGUUGGAGCAGAUGGAGCAGAUGAAGCAGUUGAAGCAGUUGGAGCAGAUGAAGCAGAUGGAGCAGAUGAAGCAGAUGAAGCAGUUGGAGCAGAUGAAGCAGAUGAAGCAGAUGGAGCAGAUGGAGCAGAUGGAGCAGAUGAAGCAGAUGAAGCAGUUGAAGCAGUUGGAGCAGAUGAAGCAGAUGAAGCAGUUGGAGCAGAUGAAGCAGUUGGAGCAGUUGGAGCAGAUGAAGCAGAUGAAGCAGAUGGAGCAGAUGAAGCAGUUGGAGCAGAUGAAGCAGAUGAAGCAGUUGGAGCAGAUGAAGCAGAUGAAGCAGAUUAAGCAGAUUAAGCAGAUGAAUCAGAUGAAGCAGUUGGAGCAGUUGGAGCAGAUGAAGCAGUUGAAGCAGAUGAAGCAGAUGAAGAAGUUGGAGCAGAUGAAGCAGUUGGAGCAGUUGGAGCAGAUGAAGCAGUUGGAGCAGAUGAAGCAGAUGAAGCAGUUGAAGCAGAUGAAGCAGUUGAGCAAGAUGAAGCAGAGCAGAAGCAGUUGGAGCAGAUGA